AUGGCACCAAAAGCUGAAAAGAAACCUGCUUCCAAGGCACCAGCCGAAAAGAAACCAGCAGCUAAGAAGACUGCUUCCGCUUCUAGCACCAAGAAGAGAUCAAAGACCAGAAAGGAAACUUACUCCUCUUACAUCUACAAGGUCUUGAAACAAACACAUCCAGACACUGGUAUUUCUCAAAAGGCCAUGUCUAUUAUGAACUCUUUUGUUAACGAUAUUUUUGAAAGAAUCGCUGGUGAAGCUUCCAAGUUAGCUGCUUACAACAAGAAGUCCACUAUUUCUGCCAGAGAAAUCCAAACUGCUGUUAGAUUAAUCUUGCCAGGUGAAUUAGCUAAGCAUGCUGUUUCGGAAGGUACCAGAGCUGUUACCAAAUAUUCUUCUGCUGCUAAUUAA